AUGUCCUUGUUCAAAUUUGGUUUUUCUUCGUCUAAAGACAACAAUGAUGGGACAGGGAAGGAAAAAAAUUAUAAGGGUCGUGAAGAGACAAAAAAAACUUAUGAACAGAAACGUAAACGAGAAUUUGUUCCAAAAUGGCUAGAAGAAUACGAGUGGUUAAAAUACGACGAAGCGUCGUCUUCUAUACUUUGCAUGCCCUGUAAAAAAUUUGAUGAUGAUAGAACAUCUAAUUUUGUGACUGGUUGUAAAACAUGUCGGGUGGAGUCUAUCAAAAGUCAUGAAAAAAGUUCUCUUCAUACUUCCUGUGUUAAAAAACACACGAUUGCUAUCAUGAAGGAAAAGAAACAGGUUGUUUCUUGUUCAUAUACAGGUGAUAUACAAAGUACCUCCACGUCUGUUACAACUGAAGCUUCUGGCGGUGAAAAUGUUGUUGGGGCUUUAGAUUUAAGCAUAAAAAAACUCAACAAAGACCAAUUAAAGAAAUUAACAGUGUGCUUUAACUCUGCAUAUUGGGUAGCCAAAAAUGAAAUGCCUUUCACGAUGUACCCUUCUGUCCUUGAGUUGCAGCAAAUAAAUGGGGUUGAUUUAGCAAAAAGCUACAAAUCAGACAAGGCAUGUUCAAGGUUUAUAUCAUUUAUCUUUAAUGAUAUCCAGGAAGUGUCUGAUAACUUGUUGAAGAAAGCUAGGGUUUUGUCAAUUAUGUUUGAUGGGGCGACUGAUGUUUCAGUAGAUGAAGGUACUCCAAAGUGUGUGUAUGUGAAAAUGGUGGCAGUUAAGCAUGCUCACUCUGAAGGUGUGCUCUGUGCUAUUGAAGAGGCCAUGGCCAAUGUUAAUGGAUGGAAGGAUAAGUUAAUAGCAACUGGAUCUGAUGGUGCUAGUGUUAACAUUGGUAAAAAUAAAAGUGUAAAACUUAAAAAGAUGCACUGUGUUAAUCACAGGUUAGAAUUGGGUGCUCUAGAUGCAAUCAAGGAUAGAGAUGCUGAAAUGUUCUCGGAUAUCAAAUCUCUAUUACUAAGAUUGCAUAAGCACUACCAUUACUCUGCAAAAGCUCUGCGUGAACUUAAGAGUUUAGCAGAAGCUAUGGAGGUGAAAAUGCUGAAGCCAGCCAACCUAGAAGGCACACGAUGGAUGCCUCACCUCAGUAGGUCUUUGGCUGUGCUUCUCAAACCUGCUUCUUACUGUGUAUUUGUAACACAUUUUGAAGAUAUUGUGCAAGGUGGAAAAGGCACAGCUGAUGUACAAGGAAGAGCAAAGAGCAUCCUGAAGCACCUAAAGAGUGAAAAACUUUUACACUAUAUGUUUUUCUUACAGGAUGUACUUGAAAUUCUAAGUGAUCUUUCACUUCAGUUUCAAAGAGACACCUGCUCUAUUCCUGAUGCUCUUGAUGCCUUAGAAACAGCUUGCCUGCGCCUUGUUGCCCUUCAACAUAGACCAGGUAAGCAUCUCCAAGUAUUUGUUGAUGCUCUUGAUGACCAACAUGUCUUUCAGGGCAUACAACUCUCUCCUUGCACUAUGUCUGCAGAGGGACUAUCUAGCAAGAAGUCUCUCUUAAUUGAUGCUGUCAUCAAUCACAUUUCAGGGAGACUCCAAGAUCUAGACACCUCACCUGUAUUAAAGUCAAUGCAGAUUUUUUUCAUGGUCAACCUUCCAGAAUCAGCCACUGAUCUAGCAUUGUAUGGGGAGCAGGAAAUAGGCACUUUGAUUCAGUAUUUUAAUCCUUUGCUUUGCAGACUUGGCUGCCAAACAAAUGUCAUCAAGGAUACAGAAUGGCCUGCUUUAAAAGCCCAUAUGAGUAGAAAUAGACAAAAGUCCACUGAGGUACUACACAAAAUAAUUUUCACUGAUGAUAACCUGAAAGAGAGGUUCAAGAACAUUCUUGUUCUUGUUGAAAUCAUUUUGUGUGUACCAACCUCAAGUGCCAUCUGUGAGCGUGGGUUCUCAGCCAUGGCAAGAAUCAAAAGUGACUGGAGGGCAUCCCUUAACCCAGAUAUGUUGAACUAUCUGAUGGCCACAAGUUAG